CACUGCCUCUCCUUCCCUCCCUCCAUCCUCUUUCAUUCAAACAUCGUCAAGAUGUUCCGCAAUAACUACGACAACGAUUCCGUGACGUUCUCCCCCCAAGGCCGCAUCUUCCAAGUAGAGUACGCGCAAGAGGCAGUCAAGCAGGGUUCGGUUGUGGUGGGAAUCGUCAGCAAAUCUCAUGCCAUCCUCGCAGCGCUAAAGAGAAACGCGGAAGAGCUCUCAUCAUACCAGCGCAAAAUCAUCCCCGUCGACACCCACUACGGCGUCGCGCUCGCCGGCCUCGCAUCCGAUGCUCGCGUACUGUCGAACUUCAUGAAGCAGCAAUCCCUCGCCUCCCGCCUCACCUACGACCGCCCCAUCCUCCUCUCCGAAAUCACGUCUCGCAUCGGCGACCGCGCGCAGACCAACACCCAACACUACGGCCGAAGACCAUACGGAGUGGGCUUGCUGAUUGCAGGCGUCGACGCCCGUGGCCCGCAUCUCUUCGAGUUCCAACCGAGCGGCGUGACUUUGGAGUGCGUGGCUGGCGCAAUCGGCGCACGGUCGCAGAUGGCUCGCACCUACCUCGAACGCAACCUCGAUGCCUUUGAGGACUGCAGCCGCGACGAGCUCAUCAAGCACGCCCUCCGCGCCCUCAAGGACAGUCUGAGUCAGGACAAGGAGUUGACGGUGGACAACACGAGCGUGGGCAUCGGCGGGCUGGAGGAGAACUUUAAGCUGUAUGAAGGGCAGGAGAUUGCAUCGUGGCUGGAGACAACAUUCGAGAACAAGGCGGAGGGCGAGGCGGGUGGUGGGGAGGGCAUGGAGGUGGAUAGCUGAGCGGGGUGAGAUGAAAUGAUGCAUGGCGAGGCGUUUGAGCAUCAUACUUUUGAAGACAUUGUUCACUGUUCUGACUUUGAAGCUGAGAGGAAGCUUCUGCCAUGUCCGCGGAAAGUCAGGUCUGCACUGCCAGCGACUCGCAUUGUCAAUCCGGCGUCUCCGAAUCCUUCGCGUCAACCAUGCUGCAACUACGACCCCAUCGUCGUUUGUAUGUGAAUUAUUAGCUGUUGGAUCUGACGUUAUGUCCGAAAACGGAGUGGAGUUUCGGACAAGAGCGUGAUAGAGUUCAGGGCUGCUGACCGGCCAUUCCGAAACACUCCCAAAAUUCAUUCCGAAGGCAGCAUCCAACAGCUCCGAGCUCCGAAUAUAUAUCAUCAACGACGCUCCCACU